AUGGUCGUUUUGGACGAUUCGAUGGCCGACGAUGAGCAAGACGUUGAAGACUUUGGUCAUGUCGUAGAAAUUUCCGGGAAAACAGAGAAAGGUUCUUAUGAAAACUGAUAGAAAUGAUGAAGAACUUCUAUUUUCCAGCUCACAAUCGAGGCGUCUGCGGCCUUUGGUCGUUCAGGCAGGAAACCGGCCCGAUCGGACUCAUCUCAGUCAGUCACGACAGCGCAAAACUUUGGAAGUUGUAAGUUUUACUUUUCUUCUACUCAAUAAUCUAAGUUUUGUUUCUCACAGAGAAGAAAAAUAGCGAUAAAUCGGUCACCAUUUCCGAAAGGGAAGUUUUGGCCAAUUGGCGACCGGCCGUACAAUCUUGCGACGUGACGAAUGAUGGAAAAAGUUUAUUUUGGAACUUUUUCUGUUUUUUAAUAUUUUGAUAACGUCAAAAUGUCGAAUAACUAAAAAAAAGCUCUCAUAAUCGGACUCCAGAUUUUAAAAGAAUGAACUUUCACUUGAAAACCAGUCUUUUUCAGUUUUUAGAAUCCAGUUUUAGACACAAACUUCGAAACUCGAGAGCUUAUUCGCUUCUCGGUAACUGGUUGAAAUUUGGAAAACUUUGUUGAAGUGUACUUCAUAACCUCAUAAUUCCAUAACAAAAAAUUCUCUAGUUUAUCCUCAUAAUCGAGUUACGACGUGACAAACGCCUCGAAAAACAUCCUUAUAAAAAACUUGUUUCUUUGGCAAAAUCAGAAGCGUCACAAAUCAACUAUUGAGCAAAAGUCGAAAAUUUUUAUUGUCGUUCUGGAAUUGUACAUUUCAGCCAAGUUUCAUCAAAAUUUCGACCAGGAGCUGAAACUUUCUCAUCUGAGAACCCUCUCUCUUCUCUAUUUUGUGUUGUCCUGGGCCAAAUUUGUUUAUUAUUCAUCAAUUUUCUCUGUGGUUCUCGUUUUCACCCAUCAGUUUCUCAGCGGUGCUGGCCGUCGGAUUGGAUUCGAGAAUUCAUCAAAUUGCCGUCGGAGGCCUUGGCACCAGCCACGAAACUCGCGACUUUGGGUACAUGGAGACGGUGUACGCGACGAUGGCGCCCGAUCGUCGAACCUUUGCCGCCGGUUCAGACUUUCUGUCGGAUUCUCAGGAUUUCGAGACAUUUCAGCAAGUUUCUCGGGUCAUUUGUCGGAAGGGAUGAUCGGAGAGAAUGAAUAUGGACGCCGCGAAAAGUUUCCCAACAUUCGCAACGUCUCCUGCCUGCAAUAUGUAAGUUGAAGGGUGUAAACAAGUUUCAAAAUUGCAGGUUCUAAUCCAAGUCAUUUCAAGUUAAAUCAAUUUUCAACAAUUUUUUAAAUUCUUAUUAUCUGUUUAAAAAUCCGUAUUGAGUGUUUUAUUAUUACUUUGAGAAUCAAAUUUUUUUGUAAACAAUAGUUUUCAGUCCACGGAUAUGCAAUACUUGGCGGUUGGUCAAACUGACGGCGCAAUCGAUUUAUAUGAGAUGAACACAUUCAAACCCGCACGCAAGUAUGAAGGUUCAAAAGAGGGUUAAAACAUGUCAAACAUUUUCCUUUUCAGUUCAUUCCAUGAGGAUCAGGAAGAUCGUGUUUUUGCCGGGUGGCGAGCAGUUUUUGUCGGCGAGCGAUGACAAGCUGAUCAAACUACAUUCGUUGGGAGAUGUGUACGUUUUGGAAAAAUGAAUGGGUUCAUGAAAUGGAAAUUCUUUUUUUGGAUAUAUUGUUCCUACAGAAAUUAACUCUUCUUGAAACGUUUCAGAAACCUAUGGAGAAAAAGGCUUUCUGUCUUGAGAACUCUUGAAUGUUCUCUAUAGUAUGUUCAGACUCUGAAUUUCAAGUCAAAUGACGUCAUUCGAAAACGCUUCAUGAGUGGAUAUCUCUCUGAUUGGUUUAUCGCGCCAUUAGGGGCGGAGCUUGAGCGACGACUUUAAGUUCAAAAUCUGAACAUACUAUAUGCACCACAGCAAGCUUUUAUAAAUAUAUAUAUUUAUGAAGCGCAGAUUUUUCGAAGGUACUAAGUUAGCAUACACACAAAUCUGGAAAAAUAAAAUACGUAACUUUUGAUCUUUUUCCCCAAUUUUUCAGAAGCCUUUUCCGAUUCAACGCGCACCAACCACGCGAUUCGCGUUUUCGCCGGCCACAAAUCUUCAGUUUUGAGUGUGGCGGUCGAUUUGCGAUCGAGCGGAACGCGCUUCGCCACGGGGUCCGCUUGUGGAGAGGUGAAGUCCAACCAAGUACAUAAAUAAACAAAAAUUUAAGAUUUUCAUGUGGCAUUUGGAAAUCGCCUCGCCAAUUUGCAAGGUGCCAAGUGUGCACGAGGGAAAUGUGAGUUUAAAAAUAUAUAUUACUCGGAAAAAAAUAUAUAUUACAUCAUUUUUUUAUGUUUCCAGGUAACUGCUCUCACAUUUUCACCAAGUGGACGGCAUUUGCUCGCUUCUGGCGAAGAUAAGAUCAUUUCUUGCUACAAGUUGGUUUUUUCUUUUUCGUAAACUAAAAAGUUACUAUUGAAGUCACGAAAUUUCACCUUCUAUGGCUCUCACCUUGAUAGAAUUGAACUUUAGUUAUUUUUUUAAGAUAAAAAGAUAAUUAUUUAAUAAUUAAUUUGAUUUUUCUAGUCUUCAGGUCCCCUCCGCAUAAAAAUUGAUGAAAUGAAAGUUUUUUUCUUUCAAAUAUUAAAAUAUUUAUUAAUUUAUUCUCACAAUUUUUCUCCGAAAAAAAUAUAAAUUUUUUUCAGCGUCCCUGCUUCUGGAGAACCCUCGCCUAUUCCUGAAACCUAUCCCGAAGAUGCUGAAGAAUCUCACGCUGAUGAUAAGGAGAACUAUCCGGUAUAAUCCUUAUAAUUCAUUUAUUUCAAUUCGGCCCAUAAAUGCUCUUCCUUUACAGUACUACGAGCAGCAAGAAGGUGAACCGAUGGAUCACAGUUCUCAGAACUACGAACCGACGGUCUACGCCAGCAACAGUAGUUACUAUGAGGCUUAUGGUGCUCCUGGCGGACAAUAUGCCCCCGAGCAAACUAAUUACGACUAUGGAGGUAAUUAAAAGAUUCCUUUAAUCCAACAGAAUACUAAAACUUUUGAGAACUGAAUUAGUGAUAUAUUUUAAAAACAAAAUUAUAAAAUUCAAAUAAACAGAAUGAUAAAUUUGGCGAGUCGAAUUGAAUAACGAAAACGAAAGAAAAAACAAAAUUAUAACCAUAUUCACUCUUUCCGCUGCUCUGAAAAGAUAUAGCAUCCUUAACGCGACUUUACAAAAAAUUCAUAAAUUCGAAACGAUGAAUAACAUUUUUUAAUCAACCUAAACAAAAAAUUAUCAUCGCGAUAUAAUUAAACUCAAAGCGUGAUAAUUAAACUUGAAGGAGAUUAAAUCUCUGAGCUUCAGAAUCAAGUGCUCAUGAAGGCGUAGAAGGCGAGACUCAGCUUUACGAGCCCGGAAACGAAACUUCUGAAGCAUUUGAACAAACGACGGUUGGCGGAGAAGCUUUCAUCGAGCCACAUCAACAUCCGAAUAUCAAAUAUGAAGGUGAAUAGAAAAUAUAUACGAUCCGUAAAGAGUUGGAAGGCUGGAAAACUUGAAAUUUGUGCAUGAAAACGCGAUUUUCUUUAGUUCGAUUAUUAACCAAACGUUUGUAAAGUAAAAAAAUUUCAAUAUAAUCAGAUUACAUUUACGGAUUGUAAACUUUCUUUCAUUUCGAUCCUAUUUUUCAUUUUCAGAAGGACCAGAAUACUGA